AUGUAUACUACUAUUGAACAACCACCACCACCACAACAACAACAAGAAUACCAACCAAUGUCAGAAUCACAACAUUCAAAUUAUUUCACAACAGCUUUUAAUACUACUAAACCCCUUGAUGAUUAUGAAGAUCAUACCAAUACUACAACCACCAAUAAACUCACAAAUUCAAUUCAAAAAUUAUCAUUAAAUACAUCACAUUCACAUCCACAUUCACAUCCACUUUCUACUUCUUCUUCUUCUUCUACUUCUUCUCCAGAUUCUAAAAAAUUCAAUUUUGUUUGUGUAUUCUUUAAUCAUAUACUUAAUUUAAAAGAUCCAACAAUAAUAUUGGAAAAAAAUAAAGAUAUUGCUAAAUUUAAUGAACAAAUUAAAUCAGAACGACAACAACAACAACAACAACAACAACUGAAACAACAACUGAAACAACUGGUAAUAGAAAUAAUGAAAAAUCUUGUUUUCCCAGCAGAUAUUUGGAUUAGAGAUGAAAUUAAAAUUAAAGAUGCCAAGAUUAAAACUACCAUGUUGAAUGAAGUAAAUGAAUUAAUAGAAACUGAAUUAAAAGAUAUUAAUGAUCAAACUACUUUUGAAGAAAUAACUUUAAAUUAUUAUGCUAAAUUAUUAGUGGCGUAUAAAGUAUAUGAUAUACCUACUAGAAAUAAUUAUAAUACUUAUCCUAAUUAUAUUCAUAAUUCAUUAUUAUUAUCAUUAGAAGAAGAAGAAGAACAACAACAACAACAUCAACAAAAACAAAAACACCAAAAUGAAGAUAAUAAUAGAAAUCUGGAAUUUGAUUUUGGAUUUUUAGAAAAACCUGUUUAUCGUACUUCAUCAAAUCAAUCAAAUAAUUCUCAAAAAUCUAAAGAAAAACGAUCAAGUAAUGGAAGUAAUUUAUCAAGGAAACGAUUUCUGUCAUUUUUAGGUAAUAAUGGACAUGGACAUGGUAAUUCUUCAUCAAAAGAUUCUUCACCAGAUCAUAAUCAUAAUCAUCAACAUCAUUCACAACAAAUCGCAUCACCUACAACUCCAACUUCUCAAAUUAAUUUACAUCCUCCUAAUCUGCAUCUGUAUCUGCAACCACAAUCACAACAACAUCAUCAUCAUCAACUGUAUUCAUCAUUAUCAUCAUCACCUACUUUUCAACCAGAAGGUACAUUUAAUAAUAUAUUAACAAAAACUAAAUUAUAUGGAAGAAUUAAAAAACAUCGAGAAUCUCAAGCAUCAAUAAAUUCAACUGGAUCUCAACAUAGCAUUAAUAGUAAUAGAAAUAGUGUUAGUACUAAUGCCACGGCAACUUCACUGGUGGGAUCACGAAGAAGAAGUAAUUAUACUAUAAAUAGUUUUAUUGGUGGUGGUAGUGGUAGUAAUGGUAGUAAUGCCACCGCCCCAAAUCCAAAUACUCCUUCAUUAUCAUUAUUAUCAUCAUCAUCAAUAUCAACUAUACAAGAUGAACAAUUACAAUUACAAUUAUUACAUCAAGAUAAAGAUAAAGAUAAAGAUAAAGAUAAUUAUUUAUUUCAACAAGAAUUAAAAUUAGAAAAUUUAAAAGAAAAAUAUGAAUAUUAUAUUCAAAUUUUAAGAUUAUUUAAAAAUAGUGAAAAAAUUUUGAAAAUUUUAAUUAAUAGUCAUAAUAUUAAUAAUAAAUUAUUAAAAUUUAUUGAAUUUAUUAAAAAAAAAUUAUUAAAAUUUAUAAUGAUUGAUAUAAUGUCAAUGAUUUUAAAUUAUUGUGAUUUACAAUGUAUUAAUUUUUAUAAUAUAAAAUGA